AUGAAUAUUCAAUUUGAAGGGAAAAGGGCCAUAGUAACAGGCGCCGGAAAAGGUAUCGGACGCUGUAUUGCUCUUAAAUUAUCAAAUCUUGGAGCAAAGGUGUUUGCUAUAAGCAGGACAGAAUCAGAUCUUGACAGCUUAAAAGUGGAGGAUUCAUCAAUUGAAACACGAUGUUUAGAUAUCGGAAACUGGAACAACACAAGAAAAGUGAUCGAAGAAAUAGGACAAGUAGAUCUCUUGGUAAAUAAUGCAGCAAUCUUAGGAUGUAAAACUGUUCUUGAAGUAACAGAAGAGUUUAUAGACGAACAUUUUGACGUAAAUUUUAAGGCAGCUGUGAACAUAUCUCAGAUUUUUGCCAAAGGAAUUGUUGCACGAAAAGGAAAUGGUGCCAUAGUGAAUAUUUCCAGUAUAUCCGGUUUUCUUGCAACUCCUGGUUAUCCUGUUUAUUGUACCACGAAGGCAGCUAUGGAUAUGCUCACAAAGUCUAUGGCAUUAGAGUUUGGCCCUUUGAAGAUUCGUGUCAACAGCUGUAACCCCAGUGGAUUGUUAACACCCAUGGGUGAGAAGCUGUGGACCUCACCAGAACUGAAAGAUGCUUUCACAGGACGAAUACCGAUGGGAAGAUUCAUAGAACCAGAAGAAGUUGCAAAUACAGCUGCAUUCCUGCUCAGUGACUAUGCAUCUAUGAUAAAUGGUGCCUUGGUUCCGGUCGAUGGUGGACACAUUAUACACAUGUCGUCUAAUCCCGUACAGUAG